AUGCAUUUCCUGUGGCCACCCUACAUCAUAUGCCAAGGGGUCAACGACGGGAAAGAGGUAGAAAUUUAUAUCGAAGCACAUCAAACAGGGAGAAUAGGUCCAUAUCUCGCAACACCACCUCUCGUACACGCAGCAGCCACACGUUACCAAGACGAUCUGCUCGAAUUGCAGAACUACUCAACGGCGAAACAGAUCAGCAAUCCUCUACAUCCACAUCAUCAAUGGCUGACGUCGCGAGACCGAGGACUCUGGAGAACAGGACGACCAAGAUCUGGCCGCCAUUCAAUAUCACCGGAGGAUAUCAGAUAUGGCAUGGAUGUCGUGGUCCAACCGCCACGAACCGCACGUGUUGGCCAAGUUAUACCAGGUUCCUUGAUCGUACAAUUACGGACUACCAACGCCGAUCCCGAUGAUGCUGUUGCAGAUUCACCAAACUUUGUUGCAGUUGCCACGUUGAUUCCCGGUCCCAACUCUACAGCUUCGACAGACCCGAGCGUGCUGAACCAGCUUCUAGCCGGUCGACGGUUUGACUCCAUCCACCCCUUCGCUGACGACGAAGCCGAUGGGUCCAUUACCUCCAUGGACAUGGCAGACCCACGUGGUGUCGGAUAUAUGCGCUUUCCAGACCUAGUGAUCCGUCAAGCUGGCACUUUUCGACUGAGAAUCACCCUACUCCGCACAGGAUCCGCAGGAAGCGGGUCUGCCGUUCAGAUCGUAGACAGCAACCCUAUUGUCGUUUAUGGGAGCGGACCUUCAUCGAACUUGGCUGCAUGCAACGGUAAAUACAUGGUAGCCACCCGUUAA